GUUAAGUUUGGACCAUGUUGCGACCCGUUCGUGACUCCUGUGAGUCGGUGUUUUGGUUUUGACAGCUAGUGGUGUUUUCCUCUUAAAAACAGCCUCAAAUGGCUUUUCAGUGUCAGCGAAACUGUUAUAUGAAAGAGUUCAUUACUUCUGUGGUUUCCUGCUGCCCCGCGGAACUAAAACAAGAAGUGAAUGGAAAGAAAGAAACUCUCAAAGGUUUCAAUAUUAAGCUCCAAGAUACGAUUUUAUUUCCUGAGGGAGGAGGUCAGCCGGAUGACCACGGACUGAUUGGAGAGGUUCCAGUUCUGAGGGUGACCAGACAAGGACCGGAUGCUCUACACUUUGUGACCUCACCUCUGGAGGUGGGUCAGGAGGUGCACGUGAAGGUGGACUGGGAGAGGAGGUUCGAUCACAUGCAGCAACACUCCYGUCAGCAUUUGAUCACAGCUCUGGCAGACACAAUGUUUGGAUACAAGACCACAUCCUGGGAUUUAGCCCGUCAGAGAAGCACGAUUGAGCUGGACACUCAGUCUGUAAAACCAGCUCAGCUUCAGGAACUGGAAGAAGCUGUAAAUGAGAAGAUCAGAGCUCACAUUCCUGUUAUUGUUAAACUUCUCUCUAUAGACGACCCAGCUGUAGAAAAGGUGAGGAGUCGUGGACUGCCAGAGGACCAUGCAGGACCGGUUCGGAUUAUUGAUAUUGAAGGCGUUGAUGCAAACAUGUGUUGCGGCACCCAUGUGUCUAACCUUAGCGACUUACAGGCUAUUAAACUUCUUGGAACGGAGAAAGGAAAGAAAAACAAAACCAACCUGAUCUUCCUGGCAGGAAACAGAGUACUAAAGUACGCAGAGAGGAGCUACAGCACCGAGCGUUCUCUGGUAUCGCUCCUAAAGACGGGACCAGACGAGCACGUCGAGGCAGUUGACAAGUUGCAGAAGUCUGUGAAGCUGCUACAGAAGACUAAUCUGAGCCUGCUUCGUGAUAUGGCAGUCCUGAUCGCUCAGAACUUCAGGAAGGAUCCUGACAGAGGGAGCUUCUUCACUUUACACAAAAAAGAGGGCGACAAUGAGUUCAUGAAUAUUGUUGCUAAUGAAAUCAACACAGAGGAAACAUUGGUUUUCCUGACUGUUGGAGAGGAAAAGGGACCUGGUUUGUUCCUCCUCGCUGGACCCAGUGGACCGGUGUCUGAAUUGGGACCACGGGUUUUAGACUUGCUUCAAGGGAAGGGGGCGGGGAAGAACGGGCGUUUCCAGGGCAAAGCCAACAGCCUGGCCCGGAGAGGAGAGGUGGAGGAUCUUCUGAGGCAGCACUGCAAACAUCACAGCUCAGAGGAAGAAUAAAGCCAGCAAUCAUUCAGAAGUUAUUCUUUUAAAGAGAAAUAAAAACAAUAACGACAAUUCUGUUUUAAAGGUGCAGUAUAUGAAAAUACUUUAGCAGGAAUACUUUUAUCCUGUUAAUUAGCUUGAGCACUUUUAUCACGAUGUACUGUUUUUGAAUGACAAAAGUAAACACUGGCAUGGCCUAAAAAUAAUCACAAAGAGAAGCUGCUUAGAUCCUGGAUCAGCUACACAAUCCUUUACUGAGAUUAUUGAAGACUCAAGUUUGGUAUUUUAGUGUCAUGAAGCCGUUUCAGUUCAUCUUAUCAAACAGGGUUCCUACACAGCCUUGAGGGGAAAAAAGUACUUUCCAGGUCUCUACAUAUAGGGGAAAAUGGUUUGGUAAAAUGUUAUGGUUUCCAGACUCUUACCCAAUGCAUUCAAUGAAUUUCCUAAAUACUAAAAAAAUAAACUUCUAAAUGUUGCUCAAA